AUGGUUAUAUCGUGCUCUGCUUAUGGUUGUGUGAACCGAUUUAAUAAAGGUGUUGCGACAUCGUUUCAUAAAUUCCCUUUAAAUAAUAGCGAGCUAUGCCAAAAAUGGGUUGUGGCAACAAAACGAGAUUUAUUUGUUCCUACAAAAUAUAGUUUUAUAUGUAGUGUUCACUUUCAUAAAGAAGAUUACAAUUAUGAAAAUGCAAAUCAACCUCGUUUAAAAGCAAAUGUUGUACCAUCUGUCUUUAAUUUCCCGGCAAAAAUGCAUUCUAAAAAGCCCAUCAAAAGAAAAUAUGUUUCCAGGAAUGUAACUGAGACAUUCAAAACUAUUAAUGAAAAAAAGAUCUCUUUCGUUGCCAUGUUCCUCUAA